CACCAUAGGAAACAAUCAAUUUGGGAAGAGGAAGGGGAGGACUGAUAUGGCGCCGAGUCUCGCAUUGUCGACGGCAGAGAAACUCAGGAAGGACGGCAACACUUACUUCAAGAAAGAUCGAUUCGCGGCCGCCAUCGAUGCCUAUACUGAGGCAAUCACUCUGUGCCCUAAUGUUCCUGUUUAUUGGACGAAUCGCGCUCUCUGCCAUCGUAAGCGUAAUGAUUGGACAAAAGUCGAAGAGGAUUCUCGGAAAGCUAUUCAGCUUGAUCACAAUUCAGUUAAGGGUAACUAUAUGCUGGGGCUUGCUUUACUGCAGAAGCAAGAGUAUGCUGAGGGAGUUAAGGCACUCGAGAGGGCUUUGGAUCUUGGGAGGGGUGCUAAUCCAGAAGGUUAUAUGGUAGAGGAAAUCUGGCAGGAGCUUUCAAAAGCAAAGUACAUGGAGUGGGAGGAUACAUCGAGCAAACGAUCAUGGGAAUUGCAAAACUUGAAAGAAGACUGUGAGACUGCUCUCAAAGAGAAACAUGACGCUCUUCAAGUUGAAGGGUUUUUGGAUGAAGUUGCUACUACCUAUAUGAAACAGUUAGAGGCGUUAGGAAGAGUGUUUGAGAAAGCUGCAGAAGCUGACACGCCAAGUGAGGUGCCGGAUUACCUGUGUUGCAAAAUCACGCUUGAUAUAUUUCGUGAUCCUGUGAUUACUCCAAGUGGGGUUACAUAUGAGAGAUCAGUGAUCCGUCACCAUCUUGAGAAGGUUGGCAAGUUCGAUCCAAUCACACGAGAGCCACUUGAUCAAUCAGAGCUAAUACCAAACUUUGCCAUAAAAGAAGCAGUUCAAGCAUAUAUACAACUGCAUGGUUGGGCCUACGGAGCAUAGCGAAGGUGGAAUUUUAUUGGAAACUUGGAGUGUCGAUAGUUGUUCUAAAACAUGCAAUGUACCAAAUGUGGCAGAGUGCAGUGUCCUUUUGUGUUUUUAAUGUAUGGUGUGACCUAGAAUCAUACUGAAGGUCUAUCCUCUUUGAAAUUGUACAUAUAUUACAUUAUAAACCAGUUCUUCACUUA